GUAGCAUCGCCGUUGUCAAUUAGCAACGUCUGCGACUGAACGUUGUCGUCUAACCAUGCUGAGCAACAGAAAGCUUGCUCUUCAAGCUACUCAUUUUUCUUUCGGCAACGAUGAAGCUUGUCACAGGACUACCUACACACAGGACUAUACGACACAACUUUCAUCAUAUCAGCAAAAAUCUGUUUCUCCACCUUGUCCGGCAGAGAUAAUUCCACCUCAUAGAGACAUAAAAUGGCGUUCAUCUAACCAACAAGAAUACAGUGUGUUUCCAUCUAUAAACAAGGACAUUUACCAUCGUACCUUGCAAGAUUACAACGACAUUCAGGUUUUCAGCACUAGAGGUGACGUUUGGCGGAAUCCUGAAAAACUCCCGCCUAUAAGUCGGACAACGAUAGAUUAUGGAGAGCCUCAUAUACCAUGUACAAAUGUUACGUUUGAUCUGCUAAAGAAAAUACAAGUUCAUCAAAGAAAUGCUAGAGUAUAUAACAAUUCCAUAUAUCUAGAAUCAGAAGCAAUGCAGGCUUUCCAAUGGCCUUCCCCACAAAGAAUGAGACCAGUGGCAUUGUUUCAGUUUUGUAACGAAAGACACAGAGCAAGAGUAUCAUGAUUAUAUCAUUUAUGUUGAAUAAAAAUGUUAAACUUCGUU